AUUAAGAGCUCACAGGGUUCACCAAUUGACAUGUUGGCAAAACUGAGCACACUGAUUCACAUAGAAAGCACUGGUUUUCUAAGCAGGAGUUGAUGCCACAAUUGGUACUUCUCUUAAUGGGGUGCAGUAGCUGUGAACAUUUGAAGCAAUGGCCCUAUGCAGCUUACCUGGGUUGCUAAAGAGCAGAUCCAAAGUGGAGGAUUUCUGAGGGCAGAGGGCCAGGAAAUGUCAGGGAUGCAGCUGCUAUGCUGGGACCUUUUCCAGUUCAUUAUGAUUGGCAAAUAAUGCUAAAGGAGGCCCAGAACCACUAAUGAGGGACUACUAGGAAGGCAUCAUCCACACCCUUCUUCCUCACUGAGCAGGAGCAACAGCUGAACCAGGUGGAUAAACUGACCCUUCAGCUACAGAUGAUGACCAAUGAGAGGAAUGAACUGCUGGAACUCCUGGCCCUUUAUAACAACAAUGAGUUGAACAACAGGCUGAUAUCUGAGCUUGAGAUGCUGAAAACACAGCAUGAGAAGGAGAUGUCAGAUGUCAAGAAAUUCCCCAAGGAGAUCUGUGAGGCCUCGUACAAGUGCAAGGAGCUGAGUGAGCAGACCACCUCCUACCGCACCCUCUACAGUCAGCUCCUGAGGGAAUGGACUCAGCUAAAGGAAAAAGUGAGCAUGUUGAAAAAGAACAACAGAAAGCUGCAGAGGGAGCAUAUUUUACUACAAGAAUCCUGUGACGAGGCGAGGAUGCUCAAUGUGGAGGCCUAUGGGAAGACCUAUGACCUCUGGACAAAGCAGAAGCAGGAACAUCAAAGACUUGAGGAAAAUCUUCAGUCCCUGCUGAAGCAGAAGGAGCUGCUCACCUGGCAAAGGGACUUGGCAGUAAAGCUGCAGCAUCACUUCACUGUGUACCAGAUGAGGUUUGAAAACCUCCAGCAGGAACGGAGCAGACUACAGUCCAGGAUAAUAGCUUCCUGCACAUGGAGCUGCUGAAGCAGAAAUACUAUGUCCCAGCACCUGUUAAGAAGAAUGAGAAGGCAAGAAGCAGCCAGGACACCUUGAAGGCAUGACAUUCUACACUCCAGGUUCAAGGCCUCCUCAGAAAAUGCCACCUCUUUUCAGCUUUGAACUCACUAGUGAUGCAAAUAUCAACCUACCAUCAGGGGAUCCAGCCAUAAUCUGAUCCACAUCUGUUGGCUCACUAUCCCCAGAGAAAAGUUUGUGUCAGAAAUAAGUCUAAGAUACAGAGAACACAAAAUAAAUUACUAAAAACCCUGA